AUGGCUAAGAGGAUUAACAGCCUACAAGUUGCAUCAGUGAAUGUCACCAAUCAACCACCAACUGGGUGGGGACAAAGUGAGGAAAAUUGUGAAGAUCAGCAGCAAGAACAAGUGAACUACAUGCACAACCAAGGAUCCACCAAUAAGAAGUCGAAGGAGAAUGACAAGAAGCCAGCUGAGAAAGAGGAGGCUAACAAUAAGGAAGAAAUGACAGCAAGCAAGAAGGACAAAGAGAAGCUUAAAGAGAAAGAUGACCAGCCACAAAAUUUAAGGGAAGGGAAGCAAGUAAUGGAGGGACCCUCUCAAGGACAGAAGCAGUUGGAGAAGGCUUUCACACCUCCCAUGCCAUAUCCUCAAUGGUUCAACAAGGAAACCAAGGAUCAACACUUCCCCAAGACAAAGAAGAUUAAGAAGAAGACAAAGAAGAAGGAGCAAGCACUGUCAUGA